AUGCAUAGGUGCUAUUGUGGUCAAAGCCGAGGUAGCUUUGCGGGCACGGGCAGCAGCAUCUUGAAGUCAUCGAGCCACGUCAGCAGACUGCAUCAACAGCAACAGCAGCAGCAACCGUUACGCGCUGAUCUCUUAUCGUUGACGUCAUCAUCCAGGCAGAGCAUGCGACCGACGCAGUUUGUGAAGUGGCCCAAUUUGAAAGGGAACGCCGAGCUAGGCUUGGGUCACUCCAAAAGCGAGUUGAGCCGUAAUUUCAGCAGACGCAAUUCCGCAACGACCAUAUUGAGCCACUGCUCCAGCUGCUGCAGCUCUAGCGGGUGCGGCGCUCUACAACAAAAACAGCGCGACAGCCGCGUUAAGGUGCUAAGUUGGGGCACCGGCGAGCACCGGAAUAGCAGCGGGUACAACAACAACAACGGCCAUUGCGAACACACCGACAACCGACGUCUCUAUGAGCAACGCGCCUGCGCCGUCAGUCGCAUAGCAACUGAAGGUCAGGGUCAGGUUCAAGGUAGGAGCCCAGAGACUCCAUCAACUUUGCCCAACCCCACACCGGAAGGCAAUGAUGAUCUGCAGCGCCUCCAGUCAUUACAACAAUUCAGGCUUCUCAAUGCCAGCGAAUGUUUCAGUGCCCAGAGACAGGAUGAACUGCGUCUACAGCACGCCUACGACAAACUGGGCGUGGCUGACAAUGCCAAGUGGCAGAAGAACAAAGCGAACGAAUGCAGGCAGCAGACCGUGAAGGCAAUGACAACGACAGGUCCGACGCCCUACGCCAUGCAUCAGAGGCUCUUGCAGCUGCGACUACGAGAGGAGGAGGCAUGCGGCAGAGGCUGUGGAGCCCCUUGCGCACCGUUGGAGCGAAGCUGUGCCCUGAGAUAUAAUUGACAAUAGCGGCACGUUGUCGCAAUUAGUAAAUCUUAAUAUUAAAUGCAACAAAGCAAAUUAUGUAUAAUAUAUAUAAAUAACUAUUGCUAAGGCAGAGUUUAAGGGCUGCUUUUCAACUGAUAAGCCCACAGCUGGGAAGGUCCAGUUGGAGCCUCUGAUGUGGCAAUGUUGACUUAGGAAACAAUUAAAUAUUAUUGAAGUGUAUAUGACAUAAUUAUAUAGACCUAUUCUAAAAUUUACAUAUAUAACAUACAUAUACAUAUUUGCAUGGAUAAAAAAAAUGUAUGGAGCGAGUUAUUAGUACGGCCAGAAUUGUUUGAUUUCCUUAAAUAAAGUUCUUUACUACUA